AUGGGGGUUAAGCGGCUGAAAUGCUUGGAUGGCAACGAGGAGUGGCAGCCACAUCAGCGGCGAUGGCGGAGGGAGGAGCGGGACGACGAGGAAGAGGAGGAGGAGGACCUGCCGGGGUUGUUCUAUUACCCGCGGAUGGCGACGUCGUUCGUCGUGUCGGACGCGCUGGAGCCGGAUUUCCCCGUCAUAUACGUCAACACCGUCUUCGAGAUCUACACGGGAUAUCGCGCAGACGAGGUGCUCGGCAGGAACUGGUGAGUGAUGGGGGCAGAUCACGGUAGAAAUGGAGUGCGGACCGUUUUGGAGGUUUGGUUCCGGUGUCCACCGAGGGAAUCCUCCCUAUUGCUUUUUUUUGUGGGUUUAAUUUCCAUGCAUUGCCGCUGUGUUCUUCAUCCAGUCAUCUUUCACGACCUUCGAGUCGUUCGUCAUGCGGGAGAAAUGAGGCGAAUAGUCGAUAAACUGAAGUUAAAACUAAAUAAUGUCGGCAUCUUGUUGAGUGUGCCCCAAAGAGCUUUAUGUCGUGAUGCUAAGGGCUGCUUACCUCUGCUCUUCAAUCAGCGAGGUUUCGUGAAAAUUAUCUUACGGUUUAAAGUGGAGAGUCACAUAUCUGUUUCGUUGUCCUCUCGUUCUAUAUGAAGUGAGUUGCCUUUGUAAAUGAUUUUCGUAUUCUCAUUUGUGACGUUCCAUUAUGUUGUUUAGCGCUUCCCCUUUGUCGUCACAUUUUCUUGAUCCCGCCUUUGCUAAAUGAACAAAGGCAAAUUAAUGCAGCAUCACAUAUAAAUUUAAAGACUCCAUCAUACGAGCCAUGAGCUUUUAACAUAUUUUCUUGAACCAUUGCACAGCAAUAAAUUUUAAAACUCCAAUUUUUGGUUUUUAAUUGUAUUUUUCUGCCUUGUGUCUACUGAUUUAUGGCGUAUGGUUGGAAACUUUGGUGGUCCAAGCCUUUCAAUGCGAGACUCAUGUCCGUUAGUUUCCCUAUGUAUCAAGAUGUCGUACUGGACAUAGCUAGUAUGGAAGAAUCUUGUUUAUGCUUUUGAAUGAAUUGUCUUUUUCAGUCUCUCGGGCAGAUGUUUUCCAGAGUGCUCUUGCUUUCCAUUUGAAUUUCAGAGAUCGAUUAAACCAAGUUUUUGUGGUCUCUUAUUAUUGAAUUUAUUCCUUUCAGCCGAUUCUUGCAAUUUCGAGACCCUCACGCUCAGAGACGACACCCUUUGGUUGACCCUGUUGUUGUCUCAGAAAUCCGCAGAUGCCUAGAGGAAGGAAUUGAAUUCCAGGGUGAGCUUCUUAACUUUCGCAAGGAUGGUGCUCCUUUGGUGAACAGGCUAAGACUGAUGCCCAUACACGGAGAUGAUGGUUUUGUUACACAUGUUAUUGGUGUUCAGCUCUUUUCUGAAGCAAACAUAGACCUCAACAGGUUAUCGUAUCCUGUCUUCAAACAAACCACAUAUCAGAAAACUAAUCACCUGGGUGAAGAUUCUCCUAUGCCAGAUAAAAGCCAUGUCAAACAACAACCAGACGUUUGUGGCAUUCUUCAGCUCUCUGAUGAAGUUUUGGCUCAUAACAUCUUGUCGUGCCUUUCACCUCGAGAUGUUGCUUCUAUUGGAUCAGUCUGCACCAGACUAAGGAAAUUGACAAAGAAUGAGCAUCUUAGGAAGAUGGUUUGCCAAAAUGCUUGGGGAAAAGAAGUGACUGGUAAAUUAGAGCUGAGCACCAAGAGGCUAGGAUGGGGCCGCCUAGCUAGAGAAUUGACCACACUCGAGGCUGCUGCAUGGAGAAAACUCACUGUUGGAGGCAGAAUAGAACCUUCCCGUUGCAAUUUCAGUGCAUGUGCCGUUGGAAGUCGCUUGGUCCUCUUUGGAGGAGAAGGCAUCAACAUGCAACCCAUGGAUGAUACAUUCGUCCUGAAUCUUGAAGCAGCAAGUCCAGAAUGGCGUCGGGUGAAAGUUACUUCCUCCCCUCCUGGACGGUGGGGACACACUCUAUCAUGUCUGAAUGGAUCAUGUCUAGUGGUGUUCGGGGGAUGUGGGAGGCAGGGUCUGCUCAAUGAUGUCUUUGUAUUGGAUUUGGAUGCACAGCACCCAACUUGGAAGGAAGUUGCAGGGGAAGAUCCUCCUUCACCUAGGUCUUGGCAUAGCUCAUGUACAGUUGAUGGUUCAAAGCUUGUAGUUUCCGGUGGAUGUACAGAUUCCGGUGUGCUUCUCAGUGAUACUUUUCUGCUGGACCUUAACAAGGAGAAGCCGUCAUGGAGGGAGAUCCCAACGUCAUGUACACCACCAUCUAGACUGGGCCACACUCUUUCUGUUUAUCAAAAGAGUAAAAUAUUGAUGUUUGGAGGCCUGGCCAAGAGUGGGUCGCUCAGGCUAAGAUCGUGUGAUGCGUACACGAUUGACAUAGAAGAAGACAACCCCCAAUGGAGACAACUGGGAUGCAGUGGACUCCCAGGUGUUGGUCCUCCUCCAAGACUUGACCAUGUUGCUGUCAGCUUGCCUUGUGGGAGGAUCAUUGUCUUCGGUGGGUCCAUUGCUGGUCUCCACUCACCGUCUCAGCUCCAUCUCUUGGACCCAUGUGACAUGAAACCAACGUGGAGGAUCCUCAAUGUCCCUGGGGAACCUCCUACGUUUGCCUGGGGUCACAGCACCUGUGUUGUUGGCGGCACAAGGGUUCUUGUUCUGGGAGGUCACACUGGGGAAGAGUGGCUUCUGAAUGAGCUGCACGAGCUGUGCCUUGCGAGCAAACCAGAGUCACAGUCAUAA